CAUUCCAUCUCCCCCCUCACCACCAUAAGCCACCCCCAGACCCCGUUUCCGCUGAUGAUAGUGUCGAGCCAUGGUGGCGGAGCGCGUCGUCACGGUGGAGUACCUGGAGCCGACCAUGUCACGAGAACUCCUCGGCAAGUUCCCGGACAACUCCGCCUUCGACUUCGAUUACUCCCAGAGCGGGAUAUGGUCUCCCCUGCUCCCCCGCGGCAUCGAUGACGCCCGGAAGAAACUCUUAGCCAGAUCUCCAGUGACACUCCGAAGAGUGAAAGCAAAGCUCACAUACAAGAAGCGGAAGAAGAGGCCGAGUGCUAUUAGGAAGAGCUUAGAUUUCUCUCUGGUUCCUUCUCCUAAACUGAAUGGUUUACAAGCGAGAGUCUUCAUGAGUAGGACAAGAGCAGAUCGCUGCUACUACUGCGAUCGUUGUUGUUGUUGCUACGACUGCGACGGCGAUGGCUGCGGCUGCGAUGGUAGCAGUUGCGAUUACGGCGGCGGCGGUUGCAAUUAUGACGGCGACGACUGCGACUGCGACGACGACAGCUGCAACUAUGACGGCGACAACAGGGUGGUGCUGAGAGCAGUCGCGAAGCGCUUCAAGGUCCAUGCAAGAUCGCCGCUGCAGAUGAUGCUGCCCACAUUGUGACCCGAGAAACAGUUGCCUGCUCAACUGGUGUAUCAGAUCUCCACCGCAAUUGCUGUAGCCAUUUGUUUGUUUUCGUUCCUGCAUCAUGCAGAUUUAAUUGUUCUUGGUGUGUGGUGGGAACGAAGCACUUGUAAUCGAUCCACAUUGUUCAUCAUGCAGGCAUUAGAUUUCCAUCUCUUC